UUGAUGCUGUUGUUGUUGUUGUUGUUGUUGCUGCUGGAGUGUGUGUAAAUCGUGAGAAACCUCGGCUUUUCCCUUUUCGACCUGCCGAGGCCCCCUUCGACUUUUGCUUUGAAUCGCGCAUGUGUGUUGCCUUUCCCCCCCAUAAUUUACGAAGGUAUCUUCUGGUCUCCUUUUCUUUUCUUUCUUCUGCUUUAGUUCUCUCGAGUGGCUUUCAGUUAGCUUCAUUCAUUGCAUUUUCUCAUGUCCAAACUCGGGGAUUAUGACGCCGUCCGCCGUGACAUCGUCGCCCAAUUGAAGAAACCCGACUACGACGACGGCAGCGCAGGCCCAGUCUUCGUCCGACUAGCAUGGCACUCAGCCGGCACCUAUGAUGCUCAAAGCGACACAGGCGGCUCCAAUGGCGCCGGUAUGCGCUACGAAGCCGAAGGUGGCGACCCAGCCAACGCAGGCCUGCAAUAUGGACGCGCCUUCCUUGAGCCCGUCAAAGAGAACCACCCCUGGAUCACAUAUAGCGAUCUGUGGACGUUAGCCGGGGUCGUGGCCAUCGAGGAGAUGGGCGGUCCCAAGGUCGAAUGGAAGCCCGGUCGUACGGAUCUCGUGGACGACUCCAAGGUGCCCCCGCGUGGCCGGUUACCCGAUGCAGCCCAGGGCGCUGAUCAUCUGCGCUUGAUCUUCCACCGCAUGGGGUUCAAUGACCAGGAGAUCGUGGCGCUCGCGGGUGGCCAUAAUCUGGGCCGGUGCCACGGUGACCGCAGCGGGUUCCAGGGUCCCUGGGUGAACAACCCCACGCGAUUCUCGAACCAGUUCUUCAAGUUGCUGUUGAAUCUGGAGUGGGAGCCCAAGACGUUGGAGAACGGGAUGAGCCAGUUUGUGCAUGAGGAUCCGGAUCUCGCGGAUGGCGACGACGACGACGAGGAGGAGCCGCUCAUGAUGCUGCCCACGGAUAUUGCGUUGCGGGAUGAUCCUGCGUUUCGUCCCUGGGUAGAAAAGUACGCCAACGACAAGGACCUAUUUUUUGACCAUUUUGCCAAGGUGUUUGCCAAGUUGAUUGAACUGGGGAUUCGCCGUGAUGCAAAUGACAAUAUCCUCAACACAGAUAACGUCAAGGGCGGGUAUGUCUCUGCACCGAAGAAGAGUAAUGUGGCCACUGGACCGUCCCGUGCUCGGCUAUAGAUUUUGGCGUCUUUAUUUCCCUUUUUUUUUUUUUGAGAGA